CAGGAACGUACUGUUUUGCCCUUAUCUUCCUCCACAUCUCAAGGAAAAGCGUGAGUAAAGUAUAAAUUAGCGGGAAGUAAGUGCCAUAAAUACUUAGCUUUAAUUACCUGUAAAGGCAAAGAAUCACACGAACUUGACAAGCAAAAAGAAAGUACAAGAGCGACGACGAACAUGAGCUACCCGUGGAGACUACAACAGGCGUGACAAAACCCACUAGCCCACAAUAAUCCUCUCCUCUGUUUUUCAGUCCGACGACGAAAGCCCAUAACGGAUUCUUUUCUGGAAAACGCUGUGAUGCUGUCAUCUGAAGGAAUUUAUACGCUGAUCAAAUCUUACCAAAGCCAAGCUGACCUGCUUCUUGAAAACUAUGUUUCUGCCGAAUCUUUUGUCAUCGAUACCUCUAUCAUCGUCGGAAUUUUUGUUUGCAAAACGGUGUAUGAUCUUAGCCGGCUGAUGAGUGCUGGUUACUUCAAAAGCUAUUUGAACCUUACAAAAUCUCAGCAAAUUGAGUGGAGCAACCGAGCCAUUUCUACAUUUCAUGCUGUAUAUAUUGCGACUGUGUCACUGUACCUUCUAUUCUGGUCAGAUCUUUACUCUGAUGACCUGCACCAUGGUCCUAUCACUCUUCGAAGUUCAACAUUGUCCGUAUUUGCAUUGGGAGUUUCUGUUGGUUAUUUCCUUUCGGAUUUCAGCAUGAUUAUCUGGUUUUAUCCUUCAUUAGGCGGAAUGGAGUAUGUAAUUCAUCAUAUUCUUUCGUUGGUUGGUGUGAUGUAUACUAUGCUGACCGGUGAAGGACAGCUGUAUACGUACAUGGUUUUAGUAUCUGAGGCAACUACUCCUUGGAUCAAUCUGAGAUGGUAUCUUGACGCAGCUGGAAUGAAGAGGUCCAGCGCAUAUAUUGUAAAUGGAGUAGUAAUAUUCAUAGCAUGGCUGGUUGCAAGAAUUCUAUGGUUCGUGUAUUUGUUCUAUCAUGUGUACCUGCAUUUCGAUCAGGUCAAGCAAAUGCACACAACUGGAAUUAUCUUGGUGCUUCUUCUUCCCGCGCUGCUUUCUGUCAUGAAUUUGCUCUGGUUUCGGAAAAUAUUCAAGGGAUUGCAGAAGACGUUGGCCAAACGGGAGUAAGCGUCUAUUCAAGGUAGCUGUUGAUAUGCAUCUAUCAGCUAGACUUAACUGUGAAUAUCUGUAGAAAAUAAAGAGUGUUGAACCUCACAUAUGAAAAGAAACAUAUACUCUGCAGAUUCAGUUGCAGAACAUACACUUGCUGCACAAAAUUGUAA